UGCUGAUCCAUCUCACAGCACAAUGCUUCCUUCGCUUGCUCUUUCUGCUUGCCGAGCAUCGAUGCUCGCUCAAUGCAUCCGACCGGCAGCCCAUGCCACACGCAUGCGCAUGGCCUCGUCAGCGGCGUCGACCUCGCCCAUGGACCUGCCCUUCUUUGAGAAGAACAAGGCGCUUGGCCGCCCGCUCUCGCCGCACUUGACCAUCUACCGCCCGCAGCUCACCUCCGUCCUGUCCAUCACCCACCGCGCGACGGGUGCUGCCAUGACCUUCGCCAUCUCCACCGCUGCCGUCUACUCGGCGCUCUCCGUCCACGACUUUGCCUACAACAUUGACCUCGUCCGCUCGCUCGACCUGCCCUCCGUCGUCACCCUCACCGCCAAGUACAUUCUUGCAUGGCCUCUGGUGUACCACUCAUUGAACGGCAUUCGUCAUCUUGUUUGGGAUUCUGGUCGUGCCCUCGUCCUCAAGGAUACGUACCUUGGCGGCUAUAUUGUCUUUGGCCUUUCUCUCGUCGGCGCAUCCUUGCUGACUCUCUUGUAGAGUGGCAGAUCGCUCUGAGCUGUGUUGUUGUAUGCAUGUAUCUGUGUGUUUUUCCCUUUGUGUAUUGUAAUUGAACCCAUUUCCCUUUC